UCGUAAAUAAAAUAGCGAGUUUGCGACAGAUCGAUUGCCGUAAAAGGUGACUUAAGUAGAAGGGCAAAGAGACGAUCGAAGAAGCCAAAGCCAUCAAGAGCCAUGCCAUUUGUGAACCUCCAAGACCGGCUUGGCAUCAAUCUUGACAAAUGGAUAUUAGCUCAGAGUGGUCAACAGCCAUACAAACAAGCAUCUCGUUGCCACGCUUUUGAAAAGGAGUGGAUUGAGUGCUCACAUGGAAUUGGGCAAAUUCGUGCACGUAGGGAAUGUCAAUCUGAAUUUGAAGAUUUCUAUGAGUGCAUGCACCGGCAAAAGACAAAAAAACGCUUGCUUGAGAUACGGACACAGAAGGAAAAGAUGAUGAAGGAAGGAAAAUACACUCCACCUCCUCACCACACUGGUAAUGAAGACCCAAGACCAUAAGAAACCAUAUGCAGUGAAGUCAUGCUUGUUAAAUCUGAACAAUGUUAUUGAGAAUAAAAAUACAAAAAUCAUA